AUGUUGUUUCGUAAUUUGCUAGUAUUUUCCAUUUCUCUUCAGUGUUCUUCCGCGUUUUGGCCAUUUUCCGAGAGCUCUGAUGCCGUAGAAGGUAAAACGUUUAUUUGUGAAAUCACACAGUAUUUCAAAUUGGACCAAAAAGAAGGAAAAAAAAACGCUAGGGGAAACUUGGUCAGAAAAGUCCUUCGAAGUGAUGAUAGAUAGCAUGUGCGACCACGUGACAUGUUAGAUCUCAUUUCCUAAUGCAUGAUUGUCUUCCUCUUAAAAUGUAGGUGUUAUCGUCCUGUACCCAUUUGAUGUAAUUUCAAUUAAGGGAUUGAGGAACACACUUGCCUAACUUAAAUGCUUCACUUGAUAUUGGAAAAUCUGGUUUAGAUUCAUAUGUACGAUCAGGCGCGCUUUCAUUUAUCAGCUUGACAGAUAUACACCAUCAGACUUAAAAUACCAUAUGCAUGUGGUUAUAAUACUAUUGACUAAUACGACUAGAGCCUAUAUUUACAGAUCUUGAUAGCUUUACCGCGGAUGAUUCUGACUACUUUAACGGUAAGUUCACAAUGAAUGCGCUUAAGAUUAAACAACUAUCAUUUAAACUUAUUUACAGAUCAGUUGGUGUUUGAAUCUUAUUUUUCAUCAAAUCUUGUUCCGAAAGGUCACCUUUCGUACUACUUGCGUGUUUGAGUUCUUUUAUACCUUGGUGCCUGAAUUGACAUUAUCAGUAGUUCUGACAAAAUAAAACAUUGCAUGAUAAGGGAGGAAAAAAGGUGGUGGAGGAACUUAUUUUCUACACUAAAGUAGUUUACAGAGCGUAAUUUAAUUGUCGUUUUUCAUUAUACCGACAGUUAUUGUUGUUUUAAUUUUAUUUUUUUAAAUUAAUUUUCCAGAUUGUUUGGACACCUACUCAUGCGAAAAAUGUUUCAAGAUAAAGUCAGAUGGAAAGUGUUACCAUCACAUGAAGGAUUGCAGGAAAACAUGCUCAGGGUGUAAAGGUGCUGUUAGAAUUUUUCAUUGGUAUGUUUGACGCAUCUUAUAAAUCUUGGCGGUAAGAAAAAUGGAGAUCUGCAGUAAGGAAAUUAUGUUUGAUUAAAUCUUGUAGUUCUUUAACUGCAUGGGCGCGUAAACGUCUGCUUGCAGUUUGAUUAAGUAUUGUCUAAAUCGAUGUAUCGUUAAAAAUUGGUUCUCACGAAAUCGUGGAUUCAUUCCAUUUUUUUUUUAGGACUAGACAGCGAUCGAUUCGGCACAGAGAAAUGCGAACACUACAAGAAAAAGGGUUACUGCAAUUUUCCCUCUUUCAAGUACUUCAAGUGCCAGAGAACUUGUAGUAUUUGUGAAGGUGAGAAAUUUCGGUUGAAUGAGUCAAAGCAGAGUUAAAGGAAGUGCAAUGUAGCAGAAAUACGCGUCAAAUAGUCAGUGCUUGUCCAGUAAGAAUUGUUGGAAGAUGAAACUGGUCUUGAUGAUGUCUCUACCGUCCAUUUUUUUUUUGUAGUUGAUGGAAACUGGGGCCAUUGGGGCUCGUGGAGUGAAUGUUCGAAGAGUUGUGGUGGCGGUCGGCAGGGAAGGAAACGAGAAUGCAAUAAUCCCAAACCUGCAUAUGGUGGCAAAGCAUGUCCCGGUACAUCUGCGAGUUCACGCGAUUGCAACACUGACGAGUGUCCAGGUGGGUUGAACUCACUUUGGUUUCAAAUCAAGCGUAAUAUUCCAAAAGGAAAAAAAUGUUGUAUUUUUCUCACCUAUUUUUUUCUUCAUAUAUCUGAAAUGUAAGAAGAGAAUAUAAAAUGCUGUUUAGGUAAUUUUUGUCAGAUAGAGCAAUUUUCUGUUUAGCGUCGAAAGUGAUCCCAGAUUUCAUUGGUUGCCGUUUAUUUCUGUCUGUGAUUGGCCCUAAAGAAAUCGCACCCACCGGCCAGUCAGACGCAAAACUAGCACAAAACAAGACUUUCUUGUAUUUUAGGCGGUUUAUUUGUUUUUAUUUUGACUUGUCAUUGGCUCUCAAAGAUAUUUUCCUUUCUUCUGAUUAGCCAACGCGAUUACUUUGGUUUUGAUUUUACAACACUCAAUCCAAAGGUGCUCUUUACGAUUUGUGAUUAGAAUAAGUCUAUUACGUAGUUGAUGGGAACUGGGGAGAGUGGAGCCAAUGGAGCACAUGUUCAAAGUCUUGCAAGCAGGGAAAACAGUCGCGAACACGCAAAUGUAACUCACCGGCGGCAAAGUAUGGUGGGAAGGCUUGCAAAGGAGAUGGAGAAGAGACCAGAGUAUGCAAUAAUGAUGUGCCAUGUCCAGGUAGGCUAGACCUUUCUUGAUAUACAGUAAAUGCUAUUGAGUCUCACUUUAAAAGUGAUCAUUCAUUUUUUGUUUUUUUGUUUUGGUUUUUGUUUUGAUAAAAUUGCUUACCUACUGUAAACGCUUUUUAGUCUGAAUUUUUACCCCAUCUGUCAUGUCAUAACUUUUUUAGAAAGUAAAUGAAUAAAACGCAUUGGUAAAUCGAGAAGUGGCACCUAUGGUUAUUAUUUUGUUUGACUGACAUAGACUUUUAUUGAAUACAAUUGCCUCACCACCAUUCAAAUGCUUUCUGACAAUUUUGUGUCGUUUGUGAGUUUGUGAAAUACCUUACAUGUAGUUAAUGAUUUAAAAGAUGUGUUUGAUUUUUAAAUUAGUAAACGGAAAUUGGGGGCAAUGGGGACAGUGGAGUGCAUGUACGAAGACGUGCAAGGAGGGAAAACAAUCCAGAAAGCGUGAGUGCAACUCGCCUACUCCUCAGUACGGUGGAAAAGCAUGUGAAGGAAAGGCAGUUGGAAUCCGUAUUUGCAACGCAAAUGUUCCAUGUCCAGGUCAGUUAUAUAUCUUGCAUUGAAUCCUAUGUUUACCAUUUUCUCGCCUGUGUUGGCGGGUAAAGAGAAAUCGUCUUUCCACUUUAAUCAGUAUGAACAGCUUUCGAUAUUAAACUUUAAGGACCUAUUGAUAGACUGAAAAAAGGGACAUUAAUAUUUCCAGCACGAGAGAAGAUAUAACCUAGUACGAAAUAAUGAAUGAUUAUGUCUUUAUUUGACGGUAAUUGGGGGCAGUGGAGUGCAUGGAACACAUGUACAAAGACGUGCAGACAGGGAAGACAAUCAACAACACGGAAAUGCAACUCACCAGCUUCUCAAUAUAGUGGUAGAAAAUGCGACGGGAAUUCCGGCCAGACUCAAAUUUGCAAUCAAAAGGUCCCCUGUCCAGGCUAUAAUCUUCUACGUUUAGACUCAACGAUAUCUCUCUUUAGACCUCUCUAGAAAUCAACGAGAAAUUACGAUGAUGCGAGUGACAUCUUAUUAAAAAUGACUUAAUAUAUCAUCACCUUAACGAACUUAUUCUCUAGCACCUCUCAACAUUUCCCCUUUCACUGAAAGGAGCAUUAAAUGAACAAUUUUGGGAUGGUAAUCAAAAUAAACGGCCAGAAAUAAAAGUUCAUAAAAGAAUAUUCCGACCUAAUGGGAAUGAGACUUAUCACUCUAAAACUUGUCCAUACAACAAAUUUUGAAUUUCAGUUGACGGAAACUGGGGAGGAUGGAGUGAAUGGAGUACAUGCACAAAGACCUGUAAACAGGGAAAACAAUCAAGAAUACGCAAAUGUAACUCACCAAUUCCUCAGUACGGUGGAAGGAAAUGCGAUGGACAGUCUAGCCAGACUCAGAUUUGCAACCAGAAAGUCCCCUGCCCUGGUAGGCAUGGAUUUUAGUAUUGAAGUCUAUCUAGCUUUGUAAGGAAAUUCGAGGUAUUCAAAUUGCAGUUCGGCAAUCACAUGAUGCAUUUUGCUUUAAGCUUUCGCCCACUGAAUAACUGCAAAUGAUCGCAUUGCAGGAAUGAGCUAACGAUUCUUUUAAAUGUCUGGUCUUCAGUUGAUGGAAACUGGGGAGAAUGGAGUGAAUGGAGCAGUUGUACAAAAACAUGCAAGCAGGGGAAGCAGUCGAGGACACGUGUAUGCAACUCGCCAGCUCCUCAGUAUGGUGGAAAGAAAUGCGAUGGAGAAGGAAAGGAAACACAAGUGUGUAACGACAAAGUCCCAUGUCCAGGUAAACAUUAACCUUUCAGAGACGAUUUACCUUGGUGAUCGGAUAUUGAUUGAAAGAUGUAGAGUUCACACUUUUAUUUCUGGUGAAACUCUUGAUAUUGUGAAGAUAGAGAUAACGAUAGUGCAUUUUUCGUCAUGGUAGUAAUUGAGACAACAUGAAAUUUUUCAUUAUCAAAGCCGCUGUUCCCCAGAAGAGAAACAAUCGAUAGCAAUGGUAGCUUAAAAUUACAAAAUUUGAAAGCAAAUUAUGUUUACUUUUUCGGCGACAAAGGCUUAAGCACAUUUAUCGUUGCUUUCCCCUUCCUUUUUUUUCAUUCCUUUCCAUAAUACAUUACGUUCAACUUUAAAAUUGCUAAAUUACCCCAAAAGCAUAUUACUUACAUGCUAAGACUUCUUAAAAUACAAACAUUUGGUUUUCUUUGUUACAAUGCUACUUUAGUGGAGAAGCAGACGUUAUUACAUAACCUUGCUUGCUCGUAGUUGCUUAAAAGUUUGAUCAACAACAUAUUUUUCAUUUUAUAUUGGGAAAAACGGAAUGUAUAGACGUCAUCAGAAGCUUGAAAAAUCGAUAUGUAAGCGUCAUUGAUAGUUUCUACAUGUUUUACGAUUUCAGUUGAUGGAAAUUGGGGUGAAUGGGGCGAGUGGAGCACUUGUACUAAAACUUGCAGACAGGGAAAGCAGUCCAGAUCUCGUGAGUGUAAUUCACCAGCUCCUAAAUAUGGUGGAAAGAAAUGCGCUGGAGAAGGAAUGGAGACCCAAGUGUGUAACGACAAAGUCCCCUGCCCAGGUAAUCAAUGCAUUCCUUCAGGGAUUUGUGUUUUACCAUAGUCCUUUAAUGGGCAUAUACGUAUUACGCGGAUCGUGAUUUCGUGGCAAACAUCUGACUUGUCGGUAAGGGUGAUGCAUCAUCUCUACUACAACACUCUUUCGGGAUAGUUAUGAAAUGUCUCCUUUGACAUUGCUUGUAGUUCCAUAGUUGUAGUGGCAUUUUCUUAAAAGUUGCCGCUUUUGGUUGAAGCACAAACAAAGAUACCCAGAUAUAUAUACUUAGAUGUAAAUAAAUAUAAAUAGAUAGAUAGAAAGAUAGAUGGAUGGAUACCGAGGCACAUUUCAUAGCCUGGCAGGAGAUAUAACUGUGAUAAAAACCUUCUCCAUAUUUUCAACUUUAGUCGACGGAAACUGGGGAAAAUGGAGUGAAUGGAGCACUUGUACUAAGACAUGCAAGCAGGGGAAGCAGUCGAGAACACGUGAAUGUAAUUCACCUUCUCCUCAGUAUGGUGGAAAGAAAUGUGAUGGAAGUGGAAAAGAAACACAAGUUUGUAACGACAAAGUCCCAUGUCCAGGUAUGUAAGUCUUCUUUCAGGAUUGAUCAUGGCAAACUGUAUUCAAUAGCUAUGAUUAAGGAGUUGGAUGCAUUGUUUAUAACAUGACUUGUAAUUAGAUUUUCGCCCAUUUUGUUACUACUAAGCCUUAACUUUUACCGAAAUAAGACUUAGGAACGGUGGCAGUUUUUAGUUUUUAGACGGUCGCUGGGUAUCCAGCUCGCUUCCUUUCAAAAAACUCUUUUCAAUAUUCUGAGGUGCAGACAGUUGCCUCGGCAUGCACUGAAAGGUUUCAUAAAAAUCGUUUGGUAUUAAGUGAUAAAACUUAGUUUUUUUGCUUUCGUCUGGUGCUAAGUUGACGGAAACUGGGGAGGGUGGAGUGAAUGGAGCACAUGUACCAAAACAUGUAAGCAAGGAAAACAAUCCAGAACUCGUAAAUGUGAUAGCCCUGCUCCAAAGUAUGGAGGGAGAGAAUGUGAAGGAGAAGCUGAUGAAAAUCAAAUCUGCAACAACAAAGUCCCUUGCCCAGGUAUGCAUUAAAGCUUUAAUAAGAUCUGGUCAGAAGUCCGAGUUACCCCAACGGUUUUAUUUGUGAAGGAAUUCUUUAGAGUUAAAAUUUGGAGUCUUUAUAUCUCUUUUCUCGAAAAUGACAUUACUCGAAACAUCUUGGUUGAGAAGGAAUAGACAACGCAAAACCUGUUAUAUACGAUUGGCUAUUCUAGGUCCUCUUGGGAUAUGGGUGAACAUUAUUAGUAUCCUAAGAGACAUCACUUAAGGAGCAAUGUUGAAUGUGUAAUCUUCAUUCACUUAUCUUUACCCUCUGCUUAGUGUCGGUAUUUAAUGCGUUUUAUACAAUUCGUAUGUGUUGCGGACAUAUGUAAUCUUAGAGUACUUAUAAAAAAAAAAAUGGUAUGAUUAUGAGCUUUCAAGUUAAGGAGAUUAACUACUAAGACUACUUAGUACUACUACUACCGUUUUUUGCGGAAUUUUUCAUCUAGUUGAUGGAAACUGGGGACAAUGGGGCGCAUGGAACACGUGCAGCAAAACAUGCAAAGAAGGAAAACAGUCAAGAACCCGUGCUUGCGACUCACCAAAACCUCAGUAUGGUGGAAAGAAAUGUGACGGCGAAUCUGGUCAAACUCAAGUUUGCAAUAAGAAUAUUCCUUGCCCAGGCAAGUUUAUAUAAUACUUUUCAGGGAAGGGAGUGUGUUUCUCCUUCAAGAAGUUUCUACUUUGCCGUUUCCUUGCUUUAACAGUGCAGUUUUACCCUAAUUAUCAUCAAGAGAGUGAAAAUAUCUUGAGGACAGGGGGAUACAGCUUUAGUCGCUUACUUCACCGAAGGUUCAAGUUUUGCACUCUCGUCCUUUUUGAGAAAGCUGUGUUUACUUGUUAAAUGCUAUGUUCUCUUUUCUAUAAUUUUCUCGAUGACAAUUUAUUGCUAUUCAAAAGUUUUUUAAAUGCUUGUACUGAGGGUGAUAAUGAGAGCUUAACUUUAAUAUUCCGAAAGAAUUAAAAAAAUAAAUUUGGUGGUAUUUCGGUUAAAAUAAACUCAGAAUCAUAGAAUCAGAUAUAACUAGCUAUUGAUUGGCAUUUGCCGUGGUCGUACCAUGAAUUAUUGUACACUCUCUUAGUGGAUGGAAACUGGGGCGAGUGGGGAGCCUGGACUACAUGUAGCAAGUCGUGUGGAGGAGGAGAACAUUCGAGGAAGCGUUUAUGCAACAGCCCUGCAGCUGCGCACGGUGGCAAGAAAUGUGAAGGGGCAUUUCGACAAAUACGGCCUUGCAAUCAGAACAACUGUCCAGGUAUGAAGAAGGCCUACAAAUGCAUGUGGGAUGGCAUGAAUAAACCUUUUAGCUUUUGAAGAAUAUUCAAUUAUUUUUCUUUGAUUGGUCCGGGACACCUGCCACUAGGGUUGGCCUAUUUUCUUCAUUCUGGUUUGUAGCACCUUAAGGUUGUAUAACUGUUCACAAACAUUUCAGCAGUCAUUUUUUGUUACCUUGAUCUUAACAAAGUACCCACUAUUUAGGGAAUACAUGUGAUCCUAAGAACAGUUUUUCCUUAGUUUGUCUUCCAACCUCACCACCAUGAAGAAGUUGAUAAGUAAGCGGGACAGAAUUGGUGGAGCUGUUAUGACUUGGUUGAGAAAACCUCCAAUACUUACACUAAAUAGCAGUAAUGAGCGCAUUUUCCCCAUUUUGGUUUUCUUAUCAUUAAUAGUGGAUGGAAAUUGGAGUGCGUGGAGUGCAUGGAGCACGUGUAGUAAGAGUUGCAAACAAGGGGAGCAAUCGAGAACUCGUGAAUGCAAUUCACCCAAACCUCAGUAUGGUGGUAAAAAAUGCGAAGGCAGCGCUAGGGAGAAAACUGUUUGUAACAAGGACGUCCCUUGUCCAGGUAAUGAAGUUUAGAGUAGUAUGCAAAGUGCUAUAUAUAUAUAUAUAUAUAUAUAUAUAUAUAUAUAUAUAUAUAUAUAUAUAUAUAUAUAUAUAUAUAUAUAUAUAUAUAUAUAUAUAUAUAUAUUGUCUUUUUUCCUACUACUAUUGUAUUUUGUAAAGGGAAGCAUCAGAUUUGCCAGUGGUCAAUAGGAGAUCAAUACCGAUUUUCGUUAACUUUCGUUGAUAAAACACUUGUUCUGUGGAUUAUGAUGUGAUUGAUAAAUGGGAAAAGAAACAAGUUGUUAAACAAAUUUCGUAUAUCGAUCUGGCAUUGCUAUCUGAUGUAUAAUAAUAUCUCAGUAAUGUAAUCAAUGAAUAAUGUAAUGUAUUACCCGCUGGUCUCUGCGCUGUUUAUGCAUAUUAAAAAUAGCCUUGUUUUGCUGAUUUACAAAUUUUGCGGAUGUGUUCCAUAUGCAUAGGGUAUUAGAAUUCAACCAGUCACACUUUCGUUCCUAUAUUCACCACAGUCGAUGGAAGCUGGGGCUCGUGGGCUCCUUGGAGUGCCUGCAGUGCCACGUGUGGGUAUGGAAGUCGAGAGAGAAAACGUGUUUGCGAUAAUCCAAAACCAGCCUACAAUGGAAAGUCAUGCGUAGGUAUUGGGCACCAAAAGUUGAGAUGCCACGCCUAUUAUCCUUGCCCUGGUACGUUCCUUUUUCCAAUUUUCGGUAUAAUAUUUUACUUUUUAAAUACCACUUGCACUGCAAGCUUUAAUUUAGCAAUUCUUGCUCGACAUCUUAUGUUGAGGGAGGUCUUACAUUAGCCUGUUCACAUCGUUAAGGGGGCGAGUCUUGCUUUUUAUAAUCGAACCAUAGAUUUAUUAUUAGUGUACCUCUCUAGUUGAUUCGCUUUUGACCAUAGAGUUCAAAAUUUAGCCUUUGUAACAUCUUUUAAACGUGUGGGAUCAUUUUCUGGAUGAUUUACACCUUUUUAUCCAAUGGCAGUCGAUGGUAAUUGGACAAGUUGGGGAGCCUGGACGUCAUGCACCAAGACUUGUGGUCAGAGUUACAGAAAGAGAUCACGUUCAUGUGCAAAUCCUCCUCCACAGUAUGGAGGCUCUGGUUGUGUUGGGCUUAACGACCAGGUGGAACAUUGCAAGGACAAGCCUUGUAAGGGACUUAAUGCGCUUUCGUACAUCACAUUUACACCUUUAAAUUAA